CAAAUUAAAAAAUGAGUGCUAAAGAUCAAAUUGCUGCAAUGUUGAAUGAAUUGAUGGGUCCCGGCCGAAAUCAAGACAAAAAUCUUGACCUCAAUUUCAGGGAUGCCGAUGUUUGCAAAUUCUUUUUAGCUGGAUUUUGCCCACACGAAGAAUUUACAAAUACAAAAGCUGAUUUGGGAUCAUGCAAAUAUGUCCAUGAUGAUAAUCUUCGAAUUGCUUAUCGAAAGAGUGAAUUUUACGAGAAGUUAGGUUAUGAAAAACAAUUUUACAAUUUUUUGGUUCGAAUUAAAGAUGAUAUGCAAAGAAAAAUUGAAAAGAAUAAAGAACGUUUGGCAUUAACACAAGGGCCACAGAAUAUGGAUGAAUCAACAAAAAAACAUUUAAAUGAAAAAAUUGGACGUUUAGAAAAAGAAAUGUCUGAUUAUGUGGAAAUUGCAGAAAAAGCUGGAUUAAAAGGAGAUUUGGAUAGAUCACAAAGAUAUGUAAAAAGAGCAGAAGAAGUUAAUUUAGAAUUGGAGGCUGUGAGGAAGCUUUUCUUACCACCUGAAUAUACGGCUGGCUAUAAAGAUCCUAAUGCUCCAAAACCAAUGCGUAUUUGUGAAGUUUGUGGAAGUUUUUUAAUUAUUGGAGAUUGCCAGCAACGAAUUGAUGAUCAUAUGCAAGGAAAACAACAUUUGGGAUUUGCAAGAGUUGCUGAGACAAUUGAGGAACUUAAGGAAAAACUUGACAAGGAAACUUCGCCAAUCCGUUCACGUAGCCGUUCGCGUUCAAAGAGUCCAGAGCGUCGUCACCAUCAUUCGAGUUCGUCACACUCAUCGCACCACCAUCGUGAUCGUACUGGUUCGCACAAGAGUGAUUCGGGGUCGCACAAAGCUGACAAACGUCAUGACGAGAAGCACCACAAACGGUUAAUUCUUUCACAUACCUUUUAA